GUGAAAAUGUCUGAGAUGACUAUGCAGAGUGAAGCGGGCAUCAAGAUUUCCUGAUGGGGAGAGUGAAGAGAAGAGAAGCUCACGCCACUGUUUCUCGGCCGCUUUACCCCGCAGCGAUGUGGCGGCGAUCUCGCGGGUGAUUGGUCCAGCCCCAACCUUACCAGCCACAGCAAUGCAGUUCCGCCCUCGAUGCGGGACAACGCACACACCACCUCACCUCACCUCACCUCACCUCACCUCACCUCACCUCACCUCACCUCACCUCACCACUCACUAGCUGCUUCUUCUGUUCUUCCUGGACAAGGAGCAGCGAAUGCGGAACCAAAGGUCAUGCGUUGCGUUUCGUCUGAUUCUCAUGUCACCAUGAACAAGAUCUCCGAGGCUGGGCCAAAAGUAGGUACCCGGAGCGGCUGGCACGUCUUUCCUCCAAGUUUGGUUGAGAAGUACGGAGGGUCGGGAGAAGUGGUAAUAGAGUGACGAACUUUAAAGAAACCUAAAGUACCUUCUACCAGCCUUGCUCGCAAGUUGAAGAG